AUGGGGCGUGCUUCGGCUUUGUUUAGACACCUAUCUCAGGUGGAUUUCGAGGAAAUCCGGCUGAAAGGUACGUCCGAGGCAAAGGAGGUUCUUGACCGGGUAGUCAAAACCGGUCUGGAAUAUUUCCUUGGCAGUCCUCAUGUUAUAUACAAAGAUGCGGUCGAAGAAUUCUUCAAAACCGCAACCAUCUCCAACGACAAAAUCACCGCGACUGUAUGCGGUUCUGAAAUAGAGCUCACCGAGGCAUCAGUGGCAGAGAGCCUACGCCUUCCGACAACCGGCCAGGAUGCAACGGCAGACAUAGAGCAGAAAACCUUUGAGCCGGCUUGCCAGAUUCUAUCGGCAACUAAAGAGCCAAUCAAAGUAUCCGGCAGCAAACAAAUGUUGAAGCCGGAGUAUAUCCCAAUAUGUGGCCGAAAGAAGAAAGCCGACAAGAAAGCGGCCCCAGCCAAAGCAAAGGCUGAAAGUAAAGGAAAGGAGAAAGUAACUUUCUCGGAACCGCCGCAGCAAACCGAGGAUGAGGAGUCGGCUUCCUUCUCUGAGAGAACCGACACAGAGAAGACCGAGGACGAAAGAUCGGUCAAUGAAGACGAGUAUUCGGCCCAGAGCCCCAAUGAUGCCGGACCUAAUACCAACCCUGAGACCACCGAAGGUGGUGAAGAGGGUGAUGAAGAGGACGGUGAUGAGGGCGGUGACAAAAAGAAGGAGGAGGCCGAAGAAGCAGAGGCCGAUAGGAUAUCUCGGAAACUCCUUCAGGGCGUCAAAAAGCGAGCCAAGUCAAUUGAAGAAUUAUACCUGGAAUAG